CUUGAAAUUUAUCAAAGCUUGUGAUGGUCGGUCUAUCUAUUUCUACUGGCUACCUAUGUCAAAGUGUGUAAAUGUGAAUAGGUACAUAACCUAUCGUAUUGAUUUAUUUUUAGGAGAAAUUUUAAUAGGUACCAAGAUUAACAUACACAACGUAAGCAAUGGGAUCUAGACAAUUAAUAGAAAAAUCUUUGACCAUAUUACGGUCACUUCCAAGGAUAUCUUUAAAUAAUAUACGGGAUAAUCCAGGUUCAAAGAGGACCCAAAAACGUGGCCGUGGUCAACAUGGAGGUGACAAACAUGGAGCUGGCAACAAAGGAUCUGGACAGAGGCAAAAUUUCAUGAGGCUUGGUUAUGAAACUGGAAAUAACCCAUUUUAUUUACGCUUUCCUCAUGAGCCCUAUUACAAGGGACAUCACCUCAGAAGACAAUAUCCUCCACUGUCAUUAUGGCAAGUACAAAGUUUAAUAGAUAGAGACAGGUUGGAUAUUACCAAACCGAUUGAUAUAGCAAGUAUUGUCAAAUCAGGGCUCUAUAAAUUUUAUCCUGACCAGAAACAAUUUGGGGUACACUUAACAGAUGAAGGGGCAGAUAUAUUUGCAGCUAAGAUUAACAUAGAAGUUCAGUGGGCCAGCGAACAGGUGAUUGCUGCUAUAGAACGAAAUGGAGGCACAAUUACUACAGCAUACUAUGAUCCUCACAGUUUAUUCUUACUUAAAAAUCCAAAGAAGUUUUUUGAAACAGGUCAGGCUAUUCCUAGAAGAAUGAUACCACCACCGGACGUUAUUGAAUUUUAUACCAGUGCAGAAACUCGAGGAUACUUAGCUGAUCCUGAGCAGGUUUCCCAAGAAAGACUAAAAUUAUCUCAAAAAUAUGGGUACCAGUUGCCAGAACUCGAAAAGGACACUGACUACAAGCUAUUGUCUGAACGAAAGGAUCCUAGACAAAUUUUCUUUGGUCUUGAACCAGGAUGGGUUGUCAACUUGAAAGAUGAGAGUAUUUUGAAACCAAAAGAUGAAGAAUUACUACAAUAUUAUGCAAUAUAAAUAUUUGUUUAAUGUAUUCAUACAUAUAUAGCUAAUAAUAAUAUCUGAGAAAUUAUAUAAA